GUAAGGCGGAGUCUGAUAUUCAUGAGCGAUGCCUAAGAACAUGAUGUAAAAAAAAAAAAUUCAUGAUCAUGGGGGUCUCCCCGCUUUGGAUUAAAACUCUACCCCAACUCGGAGCCGGUUUCAGUCGAGCGAGAAACUUCCUAGAGAGUGGUUGGCAUUCGAGUUCGGCAAACGUUUAGACUACUUUGUUUAUCCCCGUGCUCUGAUCAUACCUUUGCCGUUCCCCGCGCGGAAGCUUCCACGUUUAGAAUCGAAUCAUUUAUCUUCAUCUUCCAAAAAAUGAUGCUACACUGAUUUCGUCUUUUACUGCUUUUAUUCUUAAUGGCUUUCUGAUUUUGACUUUUGUUUACGUUUGAAAACAUAUAUUCCAACCAUGGCUUCCUUGACGCUUCUGAAUGGAAUGCAUCCAGCAGAAAACAUGAUUAACAACACAACUUGUUAUUUAGUAACGUCAUCUUCCAAUGGUAGCUCUUACACGAACAGUUUAUCUUCAUCUUCACCAGUUACGAACAUAGGAACGCAUCAUCGAAUCGCUCCCAGGAUUCCAGAACACAGUCAUAAGUACAUCAAUAACAAUCAAGAUUUAUUACGAUGUAAAAGACGAAUCCAACUUGGACAAUUAUCCUCCGGAGGUAAGGGUUCAAAUCCCCAGCCUGCGGCAGUGGCCAGGAGAAACGAGCGAGAAAGAAACAGGGUUCGUUUGGUCAACUUAGGUUUCGCGACACUACGUCAACACGUCCCUAAUUCUUCAAAGAACAAAAAAAUGAGCAAAGUGGACACUUUAAGAUCUGCCGUUGAGUAUAUUAAAAGAUUACAAGAACUAUUAGGAGAGACAACGAACAAUUUAAUGACCGGUAGUGGGUCAGUAGAUGAGAACUCUUACCCGGCCGGGGGUCAGUCUUCUACGGGAUCUCCGACACCCAGUGUUUGUUCGGAAGCAUCUUCGCCGUACGAUCUGAUGGUAGGAGACGAGGAGGAAGAUUUGAUGGAUUUCGCCAAUUGGUUUUGAUCAAUGAAAUGAUGAAACAAAAAGCACAUCUCUACCUCAUACAAAACUGUUGCUGGACAGCAUGAUGACAGGCUGGACUUGUUUUGAUUGAUAAACUGAAGCAAUAAUCGAUGAUGAAUAUUUUUGGCGCCAAUAAAGAAAUGAUUAGACAAAAGUGUCGUCGAAACUCUCAGAACUUCCAUUGAAAAUUGAACAUUAUAGUAUUUGCUCAUACUUAAGAACAUUAUUGCUGGGACCUGAGUUGGCUACGGAAAAUAAGUUUGUACAUAUUUAUUGAAGAAUAUUGCAACUGUUGUGAAUAUAAGUUAUGCCAUGUGAUUGCAUAUCAUGUUGUAUUUGUUCAUUGGAGUUAAGUGAUUGCAUAGAAAUUUUAAAAAAUGUGCCUUUACAGAUGGUAAAUUUUAUUGUUCAUUAUGGGCAUUCAUCCCUUUACUUGCGAUCAAAUUUAUACAUUCCACGUGUUAUGAAAUAAGUUUCUGUAAAUAAGAGAAAUAUAUUUUGUAUUAACUUAUAUGAAAGUUUCGAACAGUAUUUUCAUAUUGUAUUUAUUUCUUACACAUGAAUUUCUAUGCCAUGUUGCACUGUAAUAAAGAAGAUUUUUAUGACAGA